AUGCUCACUUCGAGCCAUGCAGCCCGAUGGCUCCCCAGGGAUUUCGUCGAGGCAUCCCAGAUCGGUGGCGCCUGGACGCUCAUCGCGUAUGGCAUCAUGCUGGUAGUUUUCCUGUUCGAGCUGGCAUCCUUCAUGAGCCCGGGGUACACCACCAUGAUGGCCCUGGACAAAGCAGGCAGCGAUUCGCUGCAGAUCAACUUCGACGUAGAUGUGCAUGACAUCGAGUGUCGGAACCUGCAAGUCGUUGUUUAUGCUCAAAACGGCAAAGAGAAACUUGGCGUGCUCGGCGAAGAUUUCUGGCUGCGAUCCAUUGACGCUUCCGGGAAGACUUUCGGAGUUUCGAUAAAGCCCCAGGAGUAUCAAUGGCAGGAGCAAGAAGAAGAUAACCAUGACAAUGUCAUGCGAAAAGUGAGGCAGGAGGACGGCGCGGAGGAGAUCGAUUCCGAUUGGUCUUCCUCACACGAUGGCUUCAAACACAAAAGCUUCGAGCAUGUCAUUCAGGGCCAUGAUUUCACUUUCAUCAACUUCUUUGCUGGAUGGUGCAGUCAUUGCCAGAAGUUCGCCCCGGAGUGGGACCAAAUUGCCGAGAAGGUCCACGGCAAAGGUGAUGCUCCAGGCAUGAAGUUUCCCGACAAGGAUGGCAUCGAGCGUCCCAUUCGGCUGAUCAAGCUGAACUGUGUGGACUUCAAGGAGACCUGUGUGGAAAAAGGCAUCGAUGCCUACCCCACAUUGCGGCUCUACAAGGCCGACGGGUCCUUUACGGUCUACGACGGUCGACGUGGGGAGGCGGAGAUCGUUCGCUGGCUGGAGAGGAUGGCGAAGAUGAGAAGCUAUGGCUGGGGUAAGCACCAUGAGACCUUCGAGCGUGGCUGCAAUGCCCGUGGCCGGCUGCAGGUGCCGCGUGUGCCGGGGCACUUGGAGCUCAUGGCCGGGGGUGGUGAUCAGACGCUGAACCCAAGGAUGACCAACGUCAGUCACACCAUCAAGCAUUUGUCCUUCUCGGAUGCAGAGGAUGACACGUACAGCCGCAAGACGCCGCUUCUGGCAGCGCGCUUGCUCCAGCAGGGCUGGAAACACUUCCCUGGCGAGGUCACCCGAAACCUGGCACCAUUGGAUGGUCGCAAGUUCGUGACUAGCGGCUUUCAUCAGGCUUACAUCCAUGACUUGAAGGUGGUGAGCACCGUCGCAGGGAAGGAGACGACCUACCAGUUUCAGCACCAGGCUCGGAUAUCGAGACUGUCCGAGGCCGCCAUACCUCAGGCGCAGUUCCACUACGACAUCGAACCGUUUUCCAUCCAUGUGAAAACGGAUGAGAAGAGAUGGUACGAUUUUGGCACUUCUCUCUGUGCGGUGCUGGGUGGUGCCUUCGUUGUCCUGAGGCUUGCAUCCCGGUUUUCUGUGCACCUCUCCACCUCCCUGAAGCUUGGAGCGAAGGCUCAGCGGGGAGGUGCCAUGAGCAUCGGCCACUUCGAGUGUGUGCAGGGAGAACGAUCUGCAGACCAAAGGUCUUUGCGGGGUCAAGGCCCCAACAUCUUCGAUGCACCGCUAGUCAGCGAGCUGCCUCCCUCCGAUGGUCUUGCAGCACCGCGAUCGAACAAGCGAGUGCACUCCAUUGCGCAGAUGUUGGAGGGCGACUCUUUCGUGGCGCAAGGUGGAGCCCCGAAGAGGAGGAAGGAAUACAGUGCCUGGACUGAAGGAGAAGAGCAGCGACUGCUCGAAGGCUUCCGAAUUUACGGAAAGCAGUGGAACAUGAUUUCCAAGAGCUGUGGCCUGCAGCAGCCCUGGCGGGGUAGCCGCGGGCAGCCGUGA